CUUCAUUUUUGUAUCCUAUCAAAUAAGUGCCCACUUUUACGUGAUACAAUGGUUGAAGAAAAGACAAAAAGACGUGAAAAUUGUGUCUCGGGAUGACCUGAUUGUUUAUCUCCGAAGCGGGAGGACACCCGAGCCUCGGUCCUCUGUGAGUCUUUAGGGCUAUCUUUUUGCUAGCAUUAAAUAUUCAACACCUGUAGUUUCCGUUUCACACUGUCGGGCGCAGGGAGAAAGAAAGGUGAGCCCACCUUGAUAACAUUCUACUGGGACAUUUUGCAAGAGGAGGAUGGAUUUAAUGACGGUAUCUCACCUCGGCGGGACUGAUUUGAGAAGAGUCGGUGAAGAGGACGACGGGUGUGAAAAGUUCUCAGGUCAAACAGCGGAAGUGGAAAAUGGGGGUGGAGGAAAUGGAGGACGUCUUCAAAUAAUCGCCUGUGAUGGGGAGACAGAGAUUAAGGUCAACAACCCCGAGAGCUCACAAGAUGACAUGCAGAGUGAUGCCCCCCCACUGUGCCCCCCACCGUUAGAGGUAGAGCUGACACCCGGGCUAUUGUCAUCAGAUCCCUCCAAUAUAGAUGAUGUCCCGUCGGAACCAUGCUGGUACUGUCUCAGGUCUCUUGACCCAGGGUAUCACCCUGGAGCUUCUCAGCAGGAUUCGGAUUCUUUGUCUCUGCUGCCGUCUGGUGGCCAAAAGAUGAACUACCAGACGGACCCACGCCCCCACUUCGGCGUGGCCUGCUCCUCGCACGCGCCGUGUCGUCCCCUGUGGGGCAGCGAGGGGCCCAGUUGUGGGCUCAGGGGAACUCCAGAUGGAACUGAUGAUGAUGAGCAGCAGCAGACGCAGCGAGCGUGCCCCCACUGCCACUUGGCACUGCCCGCUGACACGCUCACCUGGCACGAGACAAAGUGCCUCCAGUUUGACGGGUUGCGCAACCCCAACAAAUAGAAUUUUGCCAUACAUCACCAAUG